CAGCAGAGUCAAAUACAAAAACUGGCUUUGAGUACGCAGGCAAAAUAAUACGGUUACAAAGACUUUUUAAUAAAUCAGUUGUUUGGGACAAGUAGGGAAAGAAUAACUUUCCUGACCCUACCCGCGUGCUUUCCCCAUUUAAUCUGUUAGCUAUUGUUUAUUUUAUGAAGAAUGAUUUUUAUAUUAAACGUCUUUCCGUUUUAAUUAAAGGUGUAUAUUAUUAUCUCUGAGAUCUCUGUCAGCUCUUUGCAGUUUGUUUGCCUGGUAUAGCUGUAACAAGGGAGCUAAAUAACCAAAUGUUGAAACCCUCCUCCAGGAAUACGGUGUAGAUUAAUUUGAUGAUAGCGGCAUGUGUUUACCUGAGCGUAGCAAAAUUAAGAAGAAUUGGAAGCAAAUAGAAACGAGAGUGGCCAUGUAGUUAUAAAGAAUGUUGAAAGUAAGAAGCAAAUCUAAGUGGAUGCAGAAGAGCGCGAGGAACAGGUGAUGAAUUCUCAAGCGUGGUUCAUGUGGUAUAAUUGUGGAAAUGGCUUUUUUUUUAAGAGAUAAAUUUUGGUAAUGCUUCUCUCUGAGAGCAGCCUUCUGCUUUGUUGUGGGAACCAGACAACCGUUUAAUUGGGGAGACAGAUAUUCUUAGGGAGAAGGACUUCUCUUGUCUGUGGUCCCCGUGCCUCUAUUUCUUGCGGAGUAACUGGUGCUCAUGAGAUAGAAAUGAGAAUUAGGAAACCCUUCUUCAUUCUUCGUCUUCAGCGGAGCUGAGAUGAGUACGCAGAACAGCUUUCAAUUCUGAGCAGUGAUGAUAACUUCCCUUUCUCUUGCCUGUCUUGUCCAAACUGAAACUGUUGUAGUUAAGAAAUCUGUGACCAUCAAAUUCAUCUAAGAGAGAUUUGUCAUUUGGUGUACUCAUGGAAUUGAUUGCUUUGUCUUUCAUGUUCUUUGCAGCAACUGCUGAAGCAGACCCUGCCUCCUGAAUUUCAGUAUUAGCUCUCGGGAAACAUAAAAUACUAUUACUUUUUUUCUUUUUUUUUUUUUCCCUAAUUCAUUUCCUAUCUUUAAGCUUCUUUAAGUUGGGUUAGUGGUUGGCGUUCCUCCUAUUUAAUGGUGCCGAACUUCAUGGUAUAAAAAUUAGUUGCUAGCAUAAACAAAGUUCAGACAUAUUGUGGGUAACUCUUUUGCAUUUGUUUAACUUUCUAUUUCUACCAAAUUCCAACAUAAGGAAAUUAACUCUUGUUACCUCCUUAUUUGGUUUGCCUGAACUCGUGACGACCUUUUCAGUUUCUUGGUUUAUAAAAGAAAGGAGCCCUGAGAAGCAGAUAAUUUAGCUCAGGGUAAGAUGCCACUCAGGUACUGUGCAGAGCUGUUCCCAUACAUGCAGGUGGACUGGUUUGAUUGCCAAAACCUGAAGGCAGUGCUGAUGCUGUGCAGAGUAGGGCUGAAAUCUGCUCUAAGAGUUCUCUUUACUUAGAGACCGGCAAUCUUCUGGCAGGGUGAGACAUUCAGUAGGUUUUGGCAGAGGGCUGGGACUGUUGCUAACAUCUCUGGUCAGUGAAUCUUCAAAGUAAAAUAAGUUCUGUCUGCUGUGUUCAUGACUUCAUCCCUCUGAGGUGAUUCUGAUCAGCUGUUAGGCCAGGGCAUGAUGAGUAAGCAUCUCGGACAAAUGGUUGUUCUCCACUGAGAUCGGUUUGGAAACCUAAGAGCUGUUGAUAUUUAAAGGAACUCACAAAAGAGGUGAUAAUUCUUACAGGUAGGAAAGCCCACACCCCUGUGUCACGAUGAGUGCAAUUAAACCGGGCAGAGUAAAUGUAUUUUACAGCUUCGUGUUUUUUAAUGCAACUCUUAAUUCUGCUAAAGAAAUGAGGUAGUGGUUUGUAGUAAAAGGAUACGGUGCUGGCUUCUGAGUCUGCCUUUUGUCUUAAGGAAACGUGAGAUCACUGGGGAACAGGGGAAAAGGGCUUUUCAGUCUCUAUUUCCUAGAUUUCUGAAAUUGCAUUUUUUUGCAAGCUGUUAAAGCAAUCCUUUGAUAGAACAGUCAGAGGGAUUGGGAGGUAAAGAAUUUUCACUCUUAAUUUCUUGUUGAUAGAGAUCUUCAAGUAGUGUGUUGCCUCUCCAGAAUAAUUCCUGUAGUUUCUGUGUUGAUUUUUAACCUGCUACGUUCUACAGACCUCAUGUUUGCCUGAGGAAGGCCAUAUUUGCUCUGUGGCCUUUUUGUAUUGAUAUGUCUCUACUAAGUAGAGUGGUAAUGUUGUUUCAAUGUCAGCUGUACUGAAGAUACAUCUUAUAGCCACUUUGGGCCAAGAAUGCAGUUCAGAUUUGAGUUUUAUGCAGGGAUCUGAUGAAUUAGAGCCUUUUUGUUUUCUCCAGUGAACUUCAAACUGUGUUUUUUCAAGGAAACACUGAAUAUCUCUUUCAGCUGAAUCUAAGAGGAAGCUUGAGAAUAUGUUGGAUCAGGUGAAAAGUUUGCCUUAGCCUGUACUGUCUCUAGAAGUUGCAAAUAGUGGAUACCAAGGUAAGACUAAAGAGACAACCAUACUGAGACACUUCCUCUUUGUUCUCUAAGCUCCUGUAGUUUGUUAUCUUAAAAAAAAAAAUGGUAUAGAUUCACAGAAUCAUAAAAUCCUGAGAGUUGGAAGAGGCCUUUAAAAGACACCUAGUCCAACUCCCCUGCUGUAAACAGGGACACCACAGCUAGAUCAGGUUGCCUAGGGCCUGAUCCAGCCUCGCCUUGAAGGUCUCCGGGGACAGGGCAUCAACCACAUCCCUGGGCGACCUGUGCCAGUGCCUCAUCACCAUCACUGUAAAAGACUUUUUCCUUGUGUCUAAGCUAAAUCUACCUUCUUUGAGCUUAAAGCCAUUUCCCCUUGUUCUAUCACCACAGGCCCUGCUACAGAUUGUCUCCUUCCUGUAGCUCCUCUUUGUUUAUGUAUAUUUUUUUAUAUUUUAAAUAAAGCUUUAGUAGCUUUUUAUUCCUAUAAUUUGUUCAACCCAUAUACAUCCUUGGUGUCCUAUGUCAGAGAAUGUGCAAGUAAACAAGGCAGUAGAUUAAAAAACAUUUCCAUUUUGUUUUGAUCUUUCCGCUUACAAGUUUCAUCUAAUUCCCGCUAGUUGUGUUGGUCUGAGUGGAUAAUAAAAGUAAUGUCUAUGGACUAAGGCAUGACCUAGAAACUUCAAACUUGGAGGAAGUGUAGAAGACACAUCUUAUGAAGAUUGUACUUCACAAAGAUUUUGCUGCUUUGAGAGUUUCAGAGGCAGAUCCAGUAAAAAAAAAAAAUAGGAAUUGGACUACGCAGUAUCAAUUGGAAUUAAGAAAUGCCAUAUGAAAAGCACCACAAACAGAAAAUCAACCUAUUUAAUCACUGACUCUGUAAUAAUCAAUACUUUUGCUAGCAAGGUUGCUUCAUUUCCUGGAGUUUGGUACUUUUAGGACUUGGGAGUCCAGGUAGACGAGAAGCUGGACAUGAGCCAGCAGUGUGCGCUUGCAUCUUGAAAGGCCAACUAUAUCCUGGGCUGCAUUAAAAGAGGAGUGGCCAGCAGGAAGAGGGAGGUGAUUGUCCCCCUCUACUCGGCUCUUGUGAGGCCGCAUCUGGAGUAUUGCGUCCAGGCCUGGGGAUCCCAGUACAGGAAGGACAUGGAGCUCUUGGAGCGGGUCCAGAGGAGGGCCACUACGAUGAUCAGAGGGCUGGAGCACCUCUCCUAUGAGGAAAAGUUGAGGGAAAUGGGCUUGUUUAGCUUGGAGAAGAGAAGGCUCUGGGGAGACCUCAUUGUGGCCUUCCAAUACUUGAAGGGAUCAUAUAAGUAGGAGGGGAAACAGCUGUUUACAGGAAUGUAUAGUGAUAGGACAAGGGGGUAUGGUUUUAAACUAAGACAAGGGAGGUUUAAGUUAAAUCUUAGGAGGAAGUUUUUCACACAGAGGGUGGUGACGCCCUGGAACAGGUUGCCCAAGGAGGUUGUGGAUGCCCCAUCCCUGGAGGCAUUCAAGGCCAGGCUGGAUGUGGCUCUGGGCAGCCUGGUCUGGUGGUUGGUGACCCUGCACAUAGCAGGGGGUUGAAACUCGAUGAUCAUGGUGGUCCUUUUCAACCCAGGCCAUUCUACGAUUUAAACAUUCAGUGGCACCCAUAUGUGUGUAGAGAGAUGGUUCUUCUUAGUAUUUGACGUCACCUACCACUUGAGCCUGACAAAGUGGAUGUCUUAUCUCUCUUUCCCGAAGAGCCUGGCCUGCUCAGCAUCUGCUCAGUGUACACUGAUAACACCGAGUUCAGCAAAAAGCACAACUGCCCUGGGCGUUUCUACUAGAAAAUAAUUUGUGGAGAAGAAAUGGAGCUUUCUCAUUACCUUAGUUAGAGCGUUGGUCCAGAGUGCAGAUUUGUUUUUAUGCUACUACUAUUGCUGUAGUGGUUAAUUGGGAUGCUGGAUAAAUCAAGAGAUCAGCAAAAAUACAAGUUUCAUGUGCCUUUGUGCACUCACACCUGCGCACACAGAAAAAUACAUCUACAUCUAUGUAUGUAUAUCCAAGCAAAUACAUAAAAUCAAUCAAAACCUGUAUCUCUUUCAACAUGAUUUCACCUGUGUGCCCAAGGGACCUGGGAAACAUGUCAGAAGUUUUCUCCAGAGCAGUUCCUCUGAAUUCAUUGUUAAAAAUCUCAGAGCAUCUACAGGUUCCUUAUUUUGGUCACCUCUUAAAAUUUCUACCUGUGUUUUAGUCUAUUCAAGAACACUUGUACCUCCACUUACCUAUUUUCCUGCCAUGUUAAAUUUUUCUUCAGCUUUCCAGACACUCCAUCUAGUUGUGCUUCGGAAGCCUUUAAUCAUUCAGUAGCAGUAACUCAUUACUCGGGAUACGGGAUCUUUGUUUGCAUGUGCUGCUUGCUUGCUGCUUUACCUGCACUUCAGGUACAGUGUAGGCUUCAUGGGUAAGACACAAGUUGUGGGACUGGAUGUUGUUAGGCUGAAGUGUGCCCAGAUUUUCAUUUCCUAAGCAAGUUUUAUUGAUUUAUUCAGGUAAAAAAAACCAACCAGCUCACCCUUUCUUCUCAAAGAAAAGAAUAGCAUAGUUCUCUAUUCUUAAAUACCAUGAGCAGCUAAACGUACACAGGCUUGGAGGAAGAAUACCCAACUUACAUAUUCAUCUCACUUAUUCUUUUAGAUACUGAAGUCCAAGAGAGAAAGGAAAUUACCCUUUGGUUUGAUUUACUGUCUGUUCAGUGUAUUGCUAUUGAGAGUCCUAAUUCCAAGUGGUUUCUUGUCCUGAUUUGACUUAAUGAUUUUGUUCUGGAAUCUAGGCACUUAGAAGCCAGCAUAAAGAUUGUGAGUGUGCUCUGUCCUCUUGGGGACGUUCCUAUGCCCCAAAAGAGUAUGAGUACGUAAAAGAAUGAAGCUGGUUGCUGACAUCUGAAAUUUGCCAGUGUAUUGCAGCAAUAAGAGUAUUUGAACUAAGCAGUAACUUGAGCUAUGUGGUUAAAUGUAUCAUUGACAAUUUAUGAGAAGGAGCCACUUGUUACUGAGGAAGUCUAGGGGUUGGGUGGGGGAAAUAUUAUCAAACAAUGCAGAAAUGUAAUGGAAGCCAGUCUUCUAUGAGCAGAAAGAAAAUUCAACCAAGUUAAACCUCUACUUGUGACAAGCUCUAAAUGGACUGUAGCUGCUACUGAGUGUUAUUUCUAGAGGGGAAUGAAACAUUGACAGUUGGUCUCAAAUUGAUUCUGGCUUGCUAUUUUUCAGAGAACUAACCAUCUCAAAUGCCAUGUAUAAAAGCAAAAAGACUGUCUUGUUGAAAACAGAUUGCUCAAAGCUAGUGCAGACUGUGCAGUGAUGUACUGUCUUACACUAGGACAGCAAGUCCUCUGCUGUGUUCUGUACCCUGUGUUCGUGUACCCUUAAGUUGUGACAGUUUAACAAAAAAAAGGCAUCUGUCCCAGACUCCAAGUCAUUGGGGAAAAGGUGCUAACAUUUUUGUUCUCUUCAGCUCUUUGUGUCAAUGGUUAAGUGCUGAACAACUGCUGCAGGGAGUUGUGACGAUGAGCCAACAAAAUAAGUGCAUCUUUCUUAGUGCGUGUAUUGCAGGUGUGUAGUACUUGACGUGAAAGUAAACUGAUCUGAAAUAAAGACCAUUUUUGCAGAAAUUAUCAUUUUGGAAACUGAAAUAAUUUAUUUAGCAAAGAAGUCCUGCGUCAUUUUCUGGGAGAGUGCUAGCACUGAACGUCAGACUACCUUUUUUUUUUUUUUUUUUGCUGUCAGACUCAAAUGAAAGAAUGCAGGGAAUGCAGGGAACACAGUUUUAGAAUAGUCAUCUUCAACUUCAUAGGGAGUUGAUUCUGAAGAACUGGUUUUCCAUUCAUUAUGUGGGUUGUAUGGCAUGCCACCUUUCUAGGCAAUGCCGUGGGUACUCAUCUCUUUGAAAAAUACUGUUUCUAAAUUUCUCAUUCCCACCAGCAGUUUUGUGUCUGUUACUUGACUGAAUGCGGUUGUUUGCUAACGUGCACUCCUCAGGUUACUUACAGGAGAAGGGAGUGGUGUUGGGUGGUUUUGGAGACACAUUUUUUACUUUUUUUAAUGUCUUCUGGUCGGUUUCAUUUCUGUUGCUUUAAAAUACCAUCAGAGGUUGAAUUGAGGAACAGUCCUUGCUAGUGAACACAGUAAUACCGGUGCGUAUAGUUGGAAGUGAUUAUAAUAUGGGCACAUGGGAAUUAAGAUGGGAAUCAGACUUAGCUUCUGUGCUGUUUGAUUGUAAGUCUUGUGGAGGACUUUGUUGUGAAGAAAACAGGAUAGUCUGCCCUCAUUCACCUGGGGAGGAUGUAAGGAUGGCUAGUUAGUAAACAGUAGCUAGCUCCCUGUAAAUCUGUAUCCCCAUUUACAGCACGGUUGGUUGAUGAUAGCAGUGAUUUAAAAGUUAUUUUCCAGAAAUGGGUGAAGUAGUCUUCAAGUUGUAUCAGCAGUGAAUGGACCGGUCCUACUCACUCCUUUUUCUGGCUUGUCUGCUUUGGCUUUGUGCAAUCCUGUUGAGGCUCAGUUCUGAACACUGAACAGGUGAGAAACUAUGGUGAUUUUUUUUUCUGACUUAGCAAGCUGAAUUGGCAUAUAGCAGCAGUCAUAAGGGUCGUGUGAAUGCAGAGUUAGAGUAGAAGUUGGGAAUAAGGGGUAAAGCCUGUUAGGCUAUCAGAGGUUGAAGAGCAGCUUCAUUCCUUUUGGUGGCUUGCAGACAUCAAGUUGACUCAUCCGUCUUGUGAAACUUCACCCUGAGUGUUUAUUUCCCAUUUAGAAUAAAAUUCAGUUGCUUUGCAACAUCCUAUUUAGUUCAACAUGGAACAGUAUUGUUAACUCAAGUGCCUCAAAUGAUAGGUCUCUUUAAAAAAAAAAAAAAAAAAGGCAACUUGAACUAUCUUUAUUUUGAAAUUCCUUUACUGGUUUCUGAGAUUUUUAGUACAUAGUAAAAAAAAAAAAAAAAAAAAAAAAAAAAAACAUAGAUUUAGACUGUUGCAGCAGCUCUUUUCCAGAAGACUCAGCCAAGAAUAGGUCUCUCAUGUGCUGAGAAAUGUGUAAACAUGUAAGACAGUUCUUUCCUCAACAAGCUUGCAGCCUAGUGCCAGGCAGUGUGGUAAGUUUGAUGUGGGAGCUGGAACCUCCAUGCAUGAAACUCAAACAGGCCACAAAGUACCCAUUUGAUGGAAACAACCUUUAAGUCUGCUGAGCUGGGAUGGAUUCAAUCUGUGGUGCAGGCAGAAGACUGAUAUUCAUUAGCAAUGGCCUGAGAUAGCUGUCCUUCUGGUAGCAUUAGAGUUGCACCUUCAAAAAUACUGUUUGAGGUGUUGAAAUGAAUUAAUUAAAUCAGCUUAUUUUGCAUAGUGUUGAUAGUGUUCCUUCUGGUCAGAAAAACAAUGUCUGUUACUGUGUGUUAUGCUUCCAUUCAACUUUCAGUACUUAGAGAUGGGGUUGCCUGGAUUAGAAGCUGUGCUUUGCACUUAGACACAGAUCUGGCAGGGUUGACUGUUGAGUCACGGUGCGGCCUCUAGUUGUCUUUACAGAUAGUUUAUGUGCUUUCACAUACUGCAGAGUGUCAAUUCUGCCACACUGGAGUUGAUCACUUUAAGAGGCAAUAGAAAUGUCUCUGCAUAAUGGAAAGGGGAAUGCUGAAGAGUAUGACAGUGCCGACUCAAAUUUAGGCAGGACUGGUACUGACCUGGAAUUAAAAAGUAUAUGGGAGUCUAUAUUCACUUCUUAUAGAGCCACUGAAGACGAUAUUCUGUGCUCUUAUGCAUUUUCCCCAUAAUACCUGUGGUUUUGGUCUGGGCUUGUCUGUCAUCUGAACUAUCACAGAUAAUUGAAAGCCAGCUUACAACCACAUCGUCCUGAUCUUAAAGUAUUUUAAAGAAAUAACUUUCCUGAAUCAGAUACUGUAUGUGUAUGAUAUUGACUAUGUCUGAGCUACUAGUCGUGUACAAAGCAUCAGAAGUCAUAGAGGUGGUCUUCUAGCUUCAGUUUUGAAAAACAUCUCCCAGUAGAAAUUUGAACUGUAGUUAAAGAAUCCUACUUUGCUAAACACUGAGAUUUAUACUGUGUAUGCUCUUGAAAGUCUCAGGGCCAAAAUGUGGUAAUUAUGAGGACAGGAGUUCUUAAUUUGACUAUUUCAUAUAUAUGUGUGUGUGUGUUUAUUUUUAUUUUUUUUUACCAUGAAAGCUUCUUCCUCUUGCACAGAAAGACUUGGAUUCUGUUCUUAGGAAUUACUGCUUCAAUCAUUACAGACUUCUGUGCAGUUACAGAGUUUGCUGGGGAUUUGUUUGUGUUCACAGGUCCAGAGCAUAAGCAUUUCAGUUUUAUUUAAAAAGUGUUUUUCUAUGCAGAGGGUCAUUUUAUAGAUUGUCUUUGCUCUGGAGAUGCCCUGAAAAUGAUUUAUUAUGGUGGUUCACUUUACCAAGUCCCCUCUAUUGAUUCUCCACACCACCACUUUGAGGGUUCUUUACAGAGCAUUUCUCUUACUCAUCCCUUUGUUUUGAUUCCUGUAGAGAGAGCUUCAUAUCGUAUUUUCAGUUCUUGUUUUGUGAAGCAGUGAACGUACUUCAAAUCUUGUUUAACUUUUUUCUCUGAUUUAAUGUGUCUUUUGCAAGAUGUUUUUUACAUUCAUUUGUUCCUUAGGCUUCAGGAAAGCAGCUCUGGAGGUUAUCUUCACUUUCAAAGAAAAAUUUGCACUGUAAGCCCAAGGCUUUAGCAGGAUCAUUGAAGCCCAGGUUGGAAGAGACCUUGAAAGAACAUCAGGUGCAGCCUUUCAGGGGAAAAAGGAACCUGGCUGAGACUGUCUGGCACCCUGCCCGGUCACAGGCCGAAAACCUCCAGUGGUGGGGACUGCACAACAUCACUGGGGAGGCUGUUUGAGUGACCAGUUAUUCCCACUGGAAAAAAAAAAAAAAGUCUUAUAUCAAGACAAAACCAGUCCUGAAACAGCUUGUACCUGUUGUCUCUUGUCUUAUCCGUGUGGCUCCUUGUGAAAACAGAGUAGUGGAGAUUCUCCGUAAUCCAGAAACCUUGGUUUAUCACUCAGUUUGUGAAACUACAUAGGGAGAAAUUAAGUAAUCCCCAACUUUUAGGAGUGAGACAUGCCUGCAGUCCAGGGGGAUUUAACUGGAUUUCAGAGUAUGCCUGCUUGGUAACUUGAGAACAAAAGGGACUUAAGAGAAGGCUGCAAUUCAACUUUUAUUUCCUAUGAAAAACUUGGCUAAUAUUUUAAUGUGGUAAAUGAGGCGGUCUCCAGAACAGUGCCUGCUGGUGUCUGGAGAGAAGCUUCAGUAUGAGGCGAGGUGGAUGGAGGAAACGGGCUGGCGAAGGCGAUGGCUGGGGAGGAUGGGGAGGGUACAUGUCAGCAAAGGUUAAGAAACUGGAGGAUCAGUUCCGGUCAGAUUCAGCCAUACAACACCAGAGGGAUGGGAAUUCAUCAAGUAUCUUCAGUGGCGUCGCCAUCUAUGUCAAUGGCUUUACAGAUCCCUCAGCUGAUGAAUUAAGACGGCUUAUGAUGUUGCAUGGAGGUCAAUACCAUGUGUAUUAUUCCAGAUCAAAAACAACGCACAUCAUUGCCACAAAUCUGCCAAAUGCCAAAAUAAAAGAGUUGAAAGGAGAAAAGGUAGUUCGACCAGAGUGGAUAGUGGAAAGCAUUAAAGCUGGGCGUCUCCUCUCGCACAUUCCGUAUCAGCUUUACACCAAGCAGUCAAGUGUUCAAAAAGGUCUCAGUUUUAAUAGCAUAUGCAAACCUGAAGAUGCCAUGCCAGGUCCAAGCAAUAUAGCUAAAGAUCUCAACAGGGUAAAUCAUAUUAAACAGUGUGAGAUGGAAAGUGAGAUCACACCCAAUGGAAUAAGUAGCUGGAAUGAAGAAGAGGAAGAAGACAGUGACGGGUUGGGAUUUACAAAGCUGGACCAGAUCCUUCCUGAAAGAAAACAAAAUGGGAUUCAAUCUCACAAAGACAGCACUGCCAUUUUUAAUGGACACACACAUAACACUUGUACCAGUGCCUUAAAGACACAGGAUUGCUUGGUGCCCUCCAGCAACAGUGUUGCAAGUAGGUUCUCUCCAGGCCCUGUGCAGGAGGAGGGGAAACCUGAAAAAGGCAUCGUUGACUUUAGAGACUGCACAAUGCAGCAGUUGCAGCAAAGCAACAAAAAUACAGACUUUUCGUGGAAUCCACAUAGGACUAUGAGUAAUUCAUCCUCAUCUUCAUCUUUGCACAGUAAUACUAAAAUAAAUGGUGCUCACCACUCCACUGUUCAGGGGCCUUCAAGCACAAAAAGCACUUCUGUACCUACUCCAAGCAAGGCAGCUUCCUUAUCUGUGUCCAAACCUUCAGAUUGUAGUUUUAUUUCUGACUUUUAUUCACGUUCAAGAUUACAUCAUAUAUCAACAUGGAAGUGUGAAUUGACUGAGUUUGUCAACAGCCUGCAGAGAAAAAACAGCGGUGUCUUUCCAGGAAGGGAAAAAUUAAAAAAAUGGAAAGCAGGCAGGUCUGCACUUAAAACUGACACAGGUAAUGUGUCUGUUGCGAGCUCAGCCAAACCACAGAGCUGUAUAAUGCACGUGGAUAUGGAUUGCUUCUUUGUGUCUGUGGCGAUCCGAAAUAGACCCGAUCUCAAAGGAAAACCAGUAGCUGUUACUAGCAACAGAGGUGCAGGAAAGGCACCGCUGCGCCCUGGUGCAAACCCCCAGCUUGAAUGGCAAUAUUACCAGAAUAAGCUAUUGAAUGGCAAAGCAGAAAUUAGAAUACCUGAUAAGCUGGACUCCUGGGUCUGGGAGCAUUCGGAUUCUGCACACAUGAAUGGAGUUGACUGUGAUCUGACUGUUCUGUCCAUGGCUGAAAUUGCUUCUUGUAGUUACGAAGCCAGACAAGCUGGCAUAAAGAAUGGAAUGUUUUUUGGCCAAGCGAAAAAGCUGUGUCCAAACCUUCAAGCAGUUUCAUAUGAUUUUAAUGCAUACAAAGAAGUUGCACAGACAGUAUAUGAAAUACUAGCAAGCUAUACUCAUAACAUCGAAGCUGUCAGUUGUGAUGAAGCACUAGUAGAUAUCACUGAAAUCCUUACAGAGACCAGACUGACUCCUGAUGAACUUGCAAAUGCUAUCCGUGAUGAAAUCAAAGCCCAGACUAAAUGCACUGCUUCUGUUGGGAUGGGUUCCAAUAUUCUGCUGGCCAGAAUGGCAACUCGUAAAGCAAAACCCGACGGACAGUAUCACCUAAAACCUGAAGAAGUAGAUGAUUUUAUCAGGGGUCAGCUUGUUACGAAUCUUCCAGGAGUUGGCAGGUCGAUGGAAUCUAAGCUGGCUUCUUUGGGAAUUAGAACCUGUGGAGAUCUGCAGUGUGCUUCGAUGUCAAAACUGCAAAAAGAAUUUGGUCCAAAAACAGGACAGAUGCUCUACAGGUUUUGUCGUGGUUUAGAUGAUCGACCUGUCCGCACAGAAAAAGAAAGAAAAUCUGUUUCAGCAGAGAUCAACUAUGGAAUAAGGUUUACACAGCCUAAGGAAGCAGAAGCCUUCCUUCUGAGUCUCUCAGAAGAAAUCCAACGUAGACUUGAAGCUGCUGGUAUGAAGGGUAAACGAUUGACCCUCAAGAUAAUGGUGAGAAAGGCUGGGGCACCAGUGGAGCCUGCAAAAUAUGGAGGUCAUGGAAUCUGUGAUAACAUUGCCAGGACUGUGACUCUAGACCACGCAACAGACAGUGCAAAAGUCAUUGGAAAAGAAACUCUAAACAUGUUUCACACAAUGAAACUGAACAUAUCUGAUAUGCGAGGGGUUGGAAUUCAGGUACAGCAGUUAGUCCCCAUCAGUAAAACCACUUCAGCUCAAUCAGCAGUGCAGUCUGGACGCUUACCUGGUGGAUCACAUUCAGUUAUUGAUCUUCUUCAUGUGCAGAAAGCAAAAAAGUGCUCAGAAGAAGAACAUAAAGAAGUAUUUGUUGCUGCUAUGGACCUUGAAAUAUCUUCUGAUUCAAGAACUUGCACUGUUCUUCCAUCUCGCGGUACCCAUCUCACAGCUGGUCUCAAUUCCAAUGUUAGCAAGACUGAUUCUGCUGUCAAAUUGAAUGGCUUGCAUUCUCCUAUCAGCGUAAAAUCCAGGCUUAAUUUGAGUAUUGAGGUUCCAUCUGCUUCCCAGCUAGAUAAGUCUGUGCUAGAAGCUCUGCCACCCGAUCUGCGGGAACAAGUAGAGCAAAUCUACACCAUACAGCAAGGAGAGACCUAUGGAGACAGCAAAAGAGAGCCAAUAAAUGGAUGCAAUACCGCACUUCUCUCACAGCCAGUUGGAACGGUGCUUUUACAAGUACCAGAGCUCCAGGAACCAAAUGCCAAUAUGGGAAUUAAUGUAAUAGCCUUGCCAGCUUUCUCACAGGUGGACCCUGAGGUUUUUGCUGCACUGCCUGCUGAGUUGCAAGCAGAGCUGAAGGAUGCAUAUGAUCAAAGGCAAAAGCAACCAGAGCAGCAACCUGCUAACGCUUUUGUAUCAAAAAAUCCUUGCCUACAACUGAAGCAUGCAACAACGAAAAAUAAGAAAAAAAUCAGGAAAAAAAAUCCAGUCAGUCCUGUGAAAAAGAUUCAGAGUCCUCUGAAAAACAAACUCCUGGGUAGCCCUGCGAAAAACAUGCCAGCUGCAUCUGGGAGCCCACAGAAGCUAAUAGAUGGUUUCUUGAAACAGGAAGGAGCAGCUGCUCAGCUGGAAGCAGUUCCGUCAACUUCCGAUGCUUCAGACCCAUCAGCUCUGCAGACUGAACAGUGUGGUUCCUUCAGGCCACAGGCACCCAACCUGGCUGGAGCUGUUGAAUUCAAUGAUGUAAAAACGCUGCUGAAAGAAUGGAUAACAACUAUUUCAGAUCCUAUGGAAGAAGACAUUCUGCAGGUUGUGAAGUAUUGUACUGAUCUAAUAGAAGAAAAAGAUUUGGAAAAAUUGGAUCUGGUUGUUAAGUACAUGAAAAGGUUAAUGCAGUCAUCUGUGGAAUCAGUUUGGAAUAUGGCAUUUGACUUCAUUCUUGACAAUGUUCAGGUAGUUCUACAGCAAACUUACGGAAGCACAUUAAAAGUUAUCUGAACUUGUAGUGAGGAACUUGAGAGCCUGGAGCUCUCUGCUAGCUGUGCCAUAAGUGCUUGUGAGGUAUUUGCAAAGUGCAUGAUAGUAAUGCCCUGAGUUUUUAUAAUUUCAAAUUUCUUUUUAAACAACAAAGUGUUUUGUACAUUUCUUUUCAGAAAGUGCCAAAUUUGUCAGUAUUGCAUGUAAAUAAUUGUGUUAAAAUUCUUUUAUUGUAGUAUAGAAUCUAUUUACAAAAUGUUUGUUUAUAAAGUUUUAUGGAUUUUUACAGUGAAGUGUUUACAGUUGUUUAAUAAAGAACUGUAUGUA